AUGGCGCCGCCGGUGACGGAAAGGGGGCUGAAGAGCGUCGUGUGGCAGAAGAUAAAAGCAACAGUGUUUGAUGACUGCAAGAAAGAAGGCGAAUGGAAGAUAAUGCUUCUAGAUGAAUUUACCACUAAGCUUUUGGCAUCAUGUUGCAAAAUGACAGAUCUUCUAGCAGAGGGUAUAACUGUUGUGGAGAAUAUUUAUAAAAAUCGAGAACCUGUCAGACAAAUGAAAGCUCUUUAUUUUAUCUCUCCAACAUCAAAGUCUGUAGACUGUUUUUUACGUGAUUUUGGAGGUAAAUCAGAGAACAAAUAUAAAGCCGCGUAUAUCUACUUCACUGACUUUUGCCCUGACAGUCUCUUUAACAAAAUUAAGGCUUCUUGCUCCAAGUCGGUAAGAAGAUGUAAAGAAAUAAAUAUUUCCUUCAUUCCACUUGAAUCUCAGGUAUAUACUCUUGAUGUACCAGAUGCAUUCUAUUACUGUUACAGUCCAGACCCAAGUAAUGCAAAUGGAAAAGAUACCAUCAUGGAAGCAAUGGCUGAGCAGAUAGUUACAGUAUGUGCUACCCUGGAUGAAAAUCCUGGAGUAAGAUAUAAAAGUAAACCUCUAGAUAAUGCCUGUAAGCUUGCUCAGCUUGUUGAAAAAAAGCUUGAAAACUACUACAAGAUUGAUGAAAAGAGCCUAAUAAAGGGUAAAACUCACUCCCAGCUCAUAAUAAUUGAUCGUGGCUUUGAUCCUGUGUCCACUGUCGUGCAUGAACUGACCUUUCAGGCAAUGGCAUACGAUCUACUGCCGAUUGAGAAUGACACAUACAAGCAAACAGAUGGGAAGGAAAAGGAGGCAAUCCUUGAAGAAGAUGAUGACCUCUGGGUCAAAAUUCGACAUCGCCAUAUUGCAGUUGUAUUAGAGGAAAUUCCCAAGCUUAUGAAGGAAAUUUCAUCAACAAAGAAAGCAACAGAAGGAAAGACAUCACUUAGUGCUCUUACCCAGCUGAUGAAGAAGAUGCCCCAUUUCCGUAAACAGAUUACUAAGCAAGUUGUUCAUCUUAACUUAGCAGAAGAUUGCAUGAAUAAGUUCAAGCCUAAUAUAGAAAAGCUCUGCAAAACUGAACAGGACCUGGCACUUGGAACUGAUGCAGAAGGACAGAAAGUCAAAGAUGCUAUGCGAGUACUCCUUCCAGUUCUACUCAGCAAAAGUCAUGAUAAUUAUGAUAAAAUAAGAGCAAUCCUACUUUAUAUCUUCAGUAUUAAUGGAACUACAGAAGAAAACUUGGACAGGUUGAUCCAGAAUGUAAAGAUAGAAAAUGAGAGUGACAUGAUUCGUAACUGGAGCUACCUUGGUGUUCCCAUUGUCCCUCCAUCUCAUCAAGGCAAACCAUCAAGAAAGGAUCGGUCUGCAGAAGAAACUUUUCAACUGUCUAGAUGGACGCCUUUCAUCAAAGAUAUUUUGGAGGAUGCCAUUGAUAACAGAUUAGAUUCAAAAGAGUGGCCAUAUUGUUCCCAGUGCCCAGCAGUCUGGAAUGGCUCAGGAGCUGUAAGUGCUCGGCAGAAACCCAGAACUAGUUACUUAGAGGAUCGAAAAAAUGGGUCUAAGCUGAUUGUUUUUGUGAUCGGAGGAAUUACAUACUCUGAAAUGCGUUGUGCUUAUGAAGUUUCUCAGGCACAUAAGUCCUGUGAAGUUAUUAUUGGAUCCACACAUAUUUUAACACCCAGAAAGCUGUUGGAUGAUAUAAAGAUGCUGAAUAAGCCCAAGGAUAAAGUCUCCUUUACUAAAGAUGAAUAA